AUGUUGUUCACCCCUCAAUGGCUUCCUGCCGCCCGUCUUAACCUCAACCAUGCACGAAAGUUCUCUUUGCUUUCCACUCAUGCCUCCUUUCCAGCAACGAUGUAUCGUUAUCAACUACAGCGGAAAGCAUCUAUGUACGAUUCGAGGGAAGAGGGAAACCGUAGCUCCAAGGAUGCGGUCAAAGUAUCAGAAGAUGGAUUGGUUCAUGCGAUGAUCUCAAAGUCAAGCCCCUACUCUAACGGGCCGAUAUUUAUGCCCAAUUCUCGUCUUCUACAGCAAAUGCUACGCUUUGACUUUAAAAGCUACCAAGAAGAGGUUUCUGAUGGGAAGGUCUCUUUGGAUCCAACUGUUAUCUGUAUCCCGCGAGGCACAACCAUCCCGGCGGGACUUGUUCUUUGGAGAGAAGGCGUCUCUCGCUUUUCGUUGCAACCUUCAGAGCCUAUGGAGGUUGGUAAACUGAACGAAGUACUCAGCGAGUUCUAUGAGGCGUCCGCAACAUCCGUUCCUACAGAAGAAUGGAUCGAGAAACAUCCGUACAAGGAGAGUUCCCCUGACCAGAAUGAGAAAGAAUGGAUGGAGAAAUAG